AUGGUUGGAAGCAAGCGCACGAGGAGUAAAAUCGCCGCGAUGACUCAAUCCGUGACGGCCCAAAGCCACUCCACCCACGAUCCCGCGAUCGACAUGGUGGCACCACCACCUCUCACCACCGUGCCACCUACCGGACCCGCAACCAGACCUAGCAACCUCCGUGGCACUGCCGCCGAACAUGGUGAAACCCUCCAUCAAGGUGGGCUCGUUACCACCACCGACUUAGGCCCGGACUUGGAGCAACUUCAAGCGUUCCCUCCAUUGCCUCCACGCUCAACGCACGCUCUCGGGUACACCUCUAAUGAAACCCUAGCCCGUGUGCAAUUGGGCUCCACACGCUUCUCUCCUCCCGAUCCACAAAGUCAAGCAGAUCUCAACAUGAGAGUUAACCAGCUAGCUCAGAGAAUGGACGACCAAAACGCUCUUAUGAGGCAGCUCCUUAAUCAAAUAAGCGUGGCUCAAAAUCUUGGCCUUGGACAACCAGGCGAAGAGAGAAGAAUAGACGAAUGCACCGGUGGGCAGCUCAACGGGCACCAAGCAGGUCGAGCAGGAGUGAGCAGACAAGGGGAUGCACAACCACGUGAUCAGCUUGCCGACAUGUCGCGAGCAUCUGCAAGCCACACACAAAGCAACGUGCGAGAAAGGCUCGGCCCACGACUUAACGUCCGUGCUCGCCUGGGCCCGCAGGGAAAUGGAGGUCAAGCUGGCAAUCACCGCAAUGAGGAUUGUGAAGAGAGGCGCUCCGCUGCCCACUCGCAGAGAAAUAUUCACGAAAGGCUAGGCCCCCAAGGAGGUCAACCCGAUAACCCUCGCAACGAGGAUCGUGAAGAGAGGCGCUCCACUGCCCGCUCUCGGAGAACCAAUUCUCGCCGUCAAGCUGCAGAAAAUCCCUCUCAAACGCAGUCCACCAACACGCCUCCUAGGCAGCGCAGACAAGAUGACCGACCCUCGCGGACCAACGAGGAAGUCAAUCAGCGUCGCCCGAAUCGCAAAAGUCGCCAAUGUGAUCGACCAGCAAUGUGCGCGGAAGACGUUGAGAAGCUUGUGAAUGACCGACUUCGAGACUUGAAGACUGGCGGGAACCUCGAGGAUGCACUACGUAAGGAGAUGGACCAGGCGAUCUCUACUCCUUUCACCCCCGAAGAGAUUCUCAACGCAUUCGUUUACGCAUUUCAAGGGAGAUUCUGA